AUGAAUUCCUUUAAAAAUAUUAGUGUCUUAAAAUUUUAAUAGAUACAGCACAAAUCCCGAUGAUUACAGAUAUAUUUGUAGCAAAAAUAACCUACCUUACAGAUUACAAAUGCCAACCUUCACCUUUCUACCGGAAGUAAAGAAGCUGAGAAGUGUGCAGACAAAACAGAAACUGAGAAAGUUACAAGUACGACAAACCUUCGAAAUAAUGGCGGAAAACGCUGCCCACUUAACUUCAGCAACCUCAGCUUCUGUUCCAUCAAUAUUUGAAGUUCUUUCACAAGAUAGUUUAAUGGGAAGUGUGAGACCAGCAUUAAAACACGCUGUGAAGAUUCUAUCUGAAAGUCGACCUGACAAGUUUGGCAUGCUGUUGAGAUGGUAUGAUGAAAUAUACACAGGACUGGAUUUCAUUCUUCAAAACUACUAUCUUCAUAAGUACAGUGCAUCUUUUGCCGAAAACUUUUAUGGCCUAAAGAGGUUUGUAAGUGGAGGAGCACAGUCCAAAAACUUGCCAAGAAGAGCCCAUUGGAAAUCAUUAUUGUGUUUGGUUGUUCUUCCAUACCUGAAACAGAAGUUAGAUCAAUGGUUUGAGGAGGCAAGACAUGAUUCUAACACGGGCCAGUUACCAAAGAAUCAAAUGCUGAAGCAGUUAUAUAAGGUUAUUGUAGCUGUUUACCCAUACAUUCACAUGAGCUGGGAGGGCAGCAUGCUGAUGUAUCAGAUAGCAUACAUGUUUGGUAAAACCUCCUGGCACUCUCCUCUUCUUCACCUGUCAGGAACCAGGCUUUCUCAUGCAGAGGAGGAGGAGGAUGAAGAAUCGGACAGACUAUCUUUUUCUGACCAGUGGGCAUCUUCAAGUGUGCCUGGAAAGCUAAAUCUGGCCAUAAGAAAAGUCCUUGGUGUAACAGCUGUCACCCUGUCCACAGGAUUGUCUGUGGGUGUGUUUUUCCUGCAGUUUCUGGAGUGGUGGUAUUCCAGUGAAAACAAUACACCGUCUCUGAUGGCCCUGCCUAUACCUGAUCCUCCAAAGGCGGACAGAGAUUUAAUUAAAACUUCACAUGAUGUUUGUCCAUUGUGUCUGAAAACUCGCACAAACCAUACAGUACUUUCAACAUCUGGGUUUGUGUUCUGUUAUCCCUGUAUCUAUGAUUACAUCAAACAGCACCAGUGUUGUCCAGUCACCAGCUAUCCAUCCAGACAGCAGAACCUAAUCAAACUGUACCCUCCAGAUUCCUGAACUAGAUCCGUGUGUGAAAUCCAUGUCUAUUUGGCUGUGAUAGAUCUCAAGAAGGGUCAAGAGUUGAGAUAGAUGGAGUAAUUGACUUGUGUGAAUGUUGGACAUGUAUAAUUUGCAUCUAAUCUUGCAGACGGUGAUAUGCUUUAUACAUGCACUGAACUUUACACUUCUGCUAUCAUAACUAGUUUAUUUGUACUCAGAAAUCAACGCUAGUAUCCAAUUUCAGAUCAAAUUAAUUAACAGGUAUCUGCAAAUUAAAGGCGUUGCUCAGCUUGAUAAAAUGUUGAAUGUAGUUGACUUUCCUAUUUAUCAUAAUAUUUUCAGUGAAUUUUUCAGUGAUAUAAAUCAUUACAUAUAAUAGGAAGAUAAAAGUUUUCUUGUGUCUGAAAAAGAUUUUAUUAAUUUAUUAUUACAUCCAGUGAUUAAUGUAAAAGUGAUGUGAUCACUGAGAACGGCUAGUAUGUUUGAGUGGUAAAUGAUUUCAGUAUGUUGAGAGGUAAAUGAUUUCAGUAUGUUGAGUGGUAAAUGAUUUCAGCGUGUAACUGUUGAGUGGUAAAUGAUUUCAGUGUGUUGAGAGGUAAAUGAUUUCAGUGUGUUGAGUGGUAAAUGGUUUCAGUGUGUUGAGUGGUAAAUGGUUUCAGUGUGUUGAGUGGUAAAUGAUUUCAGUGUGUUGAUUUUUACUCAGUUUUUGCAAUCAUGAGUUGUUGAUAUUGAGGAAGAUUUGCUACUAAAGGUAUGUAUAUUAUGUUUUCAGGUUUAUUAAGUUUUAUAUACAGUGAGUAUGAAUUAAAUCCUGAAAAUAUA